AAAAUGGAGGUAGGAAAUCUGUCUGUAGUGUCAGAAUUUGUGCUUCUGGGACUUUUCCACUCAUGGAAUAUACAGGUCUUGCUCUUCAUGAUAUUUUCUAUGCUCUACUUGAUCAUUGUAUCUGGAAAUAUGAUGAUAAUUGCCUUAAUCAUCACUGAUGCUCAUCUCCAUACCCCCAUGUACUUCUUGCUGGCCAACCUGUCCUUUGUUGAUUUGUUACUUUCCUCAGUAACUACUCCAAAGAUGAUCAGAGACCUUCUCACGGAAAACAAAACUAUUUCCUUUGCAGGCUGCAUGUGUCAGAUUCUCUUUGUGCAUUUUGUUGGAGGGGGUGAAAUGGUGCUUUUAGUGGUGAUGGCCUAUGACCGCUAUGUGGCCAUCUGCAAGCCACUCCACUAUUCUACAAUAAUGAACCAUCAAAAGUGCAUUGUCCUCGUGAUGACUUCCUGGACCAUUGGUUUUGUGCAUGCCAUGAGCCAAAUGGCUGUGAUUGUGCAAUUGCCCUUCUGUGGCCCUAGGGAAAUAGACAGCUUCUUCUGUGAUAUACCACUGGUAAUCAAACAGGCCUGCAUAGAUUCCUAUAAUUUGGGGAUAUUAAUGAAUGGUGACAGUGGUGUUCUGGCUAUGACCUGCUUUAUACUGCUCUUGAUAUCCUACACAUACAUUCUUCACACUGUCCACCAACAUUCUAAAAUGGGUACAUCGAAAGCUCUCUCAACCUGCACUGCCCACAUCACAGUGGUGGUGAUCUUCUUUGGGCCUUGCAUAUUUAUCUAUGUGUGGCCACUCAGUAUCACCUGGGUAGACAAAUUUCUUGCUGUGUUUUACUCUGUUAUUACACCUCUCCUCAAUCCAGGUAUUUAUACCUUAAGAAAUAGAGAAAUAAAAAAUUCUAUGACGAGAUUCAGAAGCAACAUAUUACAUUCCAAGGGAAAUAGUUAA